CUGGGGGCUGUCUCACGGGGAGUUUGAAGUUACCGCUGCCUUCUGGAGGACGUGAUAGGCUAAGGCCUGGAAGAAAGGGGCUGCUCUCAGUCGGCGGAGCAGUGCCGCUGGAGAGCUCUCUCGACGACCGCAAGCUCCAGCUUUAGGGACAACGUGACGCCUAAGCGUUUUAUUUUUUUAUGUUUAUUUAUUGAUCCCCGCCACCCCCACCCACAGCCGUCGCACGGUCAGCCUCAGAACAAGAUGUGACUCGUGAAAACGGCAGCCUCCGCUGUAUUCAUGUGCGUAAAAAGAGCCCGGGGAGAGUGCGCAGAGACGGACAAGACGCCGAGCUGUGUUCGAGCGAAUGGAACUUAUUGUUGUGCAGUUGUUGUGGCUAUGAGCGAGUUUGGGUCCAGUUUGUGUCUGCUCACCGCCGCGGAACCUUGAAUCGUGGGAUUUAUUCAUCCGAUCGGGGUUUUUUUUGUAAAGGGGGAACACCGAGCGAGCCAGCGAGGAUUCUGCACAACCAGCGAAGCUUUUCCCCCUUCCUCCAGAGAGAGCCGGGGAUUUAAAGAGUCAGGUUUGGUGGAGCCCAGCAGAGGCACGAGCGAAAGAAAAGAAGAAAUCCAUGUGGCCAUUCUCUUUAUUAUAGCCAAACAUUUGUGUGUGUGGAUUGAAUAAUGAGCAAAGAAAGACCUAAGAGGAAUAUCAUCCAAAAGAAAUACGAUGACAGUGAUGGGAUCCCGUGGUCGGAAGAACGGAUGAUGCGAAAGGUGCUUUACCUGUCUCUAAAAGAGUUUCGGACCGCACAGAAACGGCAGCUGGACGGGGAUGGGCCCACCAACUCUGACGGUUCCAUGGCCAACGGGCAGCUGAAUGGCUCGGGGUCAAAGGGCAGCCACAAAGAAGAUGGGUCCUUGCGCUCUCAGGGCUUGCAUGGGAGCAACAAAUACGGCGAGGACAGUCCUGCAAAAAAGAGGCCUCGACUCCAGGCGCAGAGGAAGUUCGCCCAGUCGCAGCCCAACUCGCCCAGCACUACUCCCAUCAAAGUGGCCGAGCCGGGCAGCCUGAAUGCCAGCCAGGCCACGGUGCCGCCGUCGUCCCUCUCAUCGCUCUCGUCGUCAUCGCUGUCGUCCUCCAUUCAGGACCUGUCCCGGCGCAAGCCCAAGACGGAGGACUUCCUGACAUUCCUCUGCCUCAGAGGUUCACCCGCCUUGCCCAGUAAUAUGGCUUACUUCGGAAGCUCCCAGGAGGAGGAGGACUUGGAAGAGGAUGAGGAAGAAUUAGAGGAGGAGGAGGUGCGGAGCGGAGGCAGCGUCCACUCACACGUUGCAGCAGGCAGUAGCCAAGCCUCGGCUUCCUCUUCCUCAUGCAACUCCACGCCCCGCAAGAGCAAGCUCCUCGCCAGGCAACCGCUCAACGGGCACGUGUUCAGCAGCAAAGCAGGGACCAGGGAGAGUCCGAGGCCGAAGGCAGGGACUCACAGCAGGGACGUGCCCGCCCCACCACUGCCACCCCCUCCACCACCACCUCUGCCUCUUCUGAGGGAGCGCAGCGAGCGAGCCGAGGCCCGGGAGCUGGUGAGGGAGCAGCAGGCCAUGGCCAACGCUCGAGGCUCGGCUAACGGGAUGCAUUCACGGAGAGCGGCCGAGGAGCUUCGGAAGCAGGUCUCUAAAGUGAACGGGCUGACGCGGGCUGGCUCGGCACAAACAUUCGGUGGCGCCAGAAAGAGCCACGACUUACGACUGCCGUCCAAAACUGUGAAGAAGUACACAGCCACCGUGUCCAAGGGCCACGUCACCUACACCAAAGCCAAACAGAGAGAACUGGGCAAAAAAACCAAACUCAGCAGCAGCAACAAACACAACACCGCCGCCUCGGCGCCAUCGUCGGCGAACAAUCACAAUCAGCACAGCCAGCCAGCAGCCAGCAGUAGGCUGGCCAACUCAGGAAAAGCAGCGGCACCAGCCCACCACAGCAAUGCAAAAACCCGCAAACAGGUGCUACUAUCAAACGGGCUGCACAACGCGGCUGCUGGUGCCCGGCUCAACGGCAGGCUAAAUGGACAGUGGCACAACGCCCUGGCCAAGGAGAACGGGCAGAAACAGUGCCAGCAAGGCCAGAGCGCGUGUCCGGGGCGAGAGGGGCUGCGAAACUCCAAACGUCGUCUGGAGGUGGUGCUUAACUCUGUCAGUGCAGGGCUUGUGGAGCAGAAAGCCAAAACUAGUGGUGCUGAGGCCAAGAAGGCCAAGAUUCAGUCCGCCCCUUUGGAGACGCGUAGCAGCAGCAAGAAGAUGGCCAACGAGGAGAAAGCUAGCAAACAAAACGCCACCGCCACCACUCUGGUUUCUAACAGGCUUGUGACGGAAAUAGCCGCCUCUCCCAAACAAACACAGCCUGUUACUUCCUCCUCUACGCCCCCGCCUCAACAAACCACACCUCCUUCUACACCAGCAGCCAACCUGGAGCCCGUGAACCAGCGACCUAAGCGUGCGUCAGCUGGCAAACUCAUGUUGAUACGACAAGCACAGCAGCAGCAGAGCAGGUCACAUGGUCGGAGCUCCUCCUCUUCCUCACCUUCAUUAGGCCACAAUAGUUCACCAAACCCCAGUGGAGCCAGCACUACCUCAGACCCUCAACAAACCUCUGUGUCCUCUUCCUCCAUCACCGCCGCCUCCUCCGCUUCCUCCGCUUCCUCUUCCUGCUCCGCCUCUUCUCCUCUUCCCUCCACCAACAGCCCCGGACAAGUCAAACCAGCAGCGCUGCGGCUUGCCGACCGCGACACGGAGUGGGAGCGCGAGAAGGAGCUGACGCGCCAGAAGGAGCGGGAGCAGGAGAAGGAGUGGGAUCGCCAGCGGAGCAAGCCAGAAGGGUGGGCGGCGCUGGGCGAAGCCCCCGUCUUCCGGCCAGCUCCAAGGGAGUUUCAGGACCCUCUGGUGUACUUGGAUGCAGCGAGGGAACAGGCGGAGGUGGCCGGCAUGUGUCGGGUGGUGCCACCGCAGGACUGGCGGCCAGAGUGCAAACUGAACGAGGAGAUGCGUUUUGUCACGCAGGUGCAGAGGGUCCACAUGCUGGGCCGACGCUGGGGCCCCAACGUGCAGCGGCUGGCUUGCAUCCGCAAGCACCUUAAAUCUCAGGGCAUUACCAUGGAUGAGCCGCCUGUCAUCGGCGGCUGUGAAGUGGACCUGUCACGAUUUUUCCAGCGCAUCAACGACAUGGGCGGCAUGCAGCAGGUGAUGGACCUGAAGAAGUGGACCAAGCUCGCUGACCUUCUGCGCAUCCCAAAGUCUGCGCAGGACCGGCUGGCCAAGCUGCAGGAGGCGUACCUCCAGUACAUCCUCUCCUACGACUCGCUCAGCGCUGAUGAGCGCCUCCGACUCCUGAGCGAGGUGCUGCAGGAGAAAAAGAACCUGGAGUCGCGCCAGGGCCCCCUGGAAGGUCUUUUGGAUUCUGCGGUUUCUAGCGGGCUCUUGCUGCCACGCUAUGAGCCCAAGAACGGGCUGGUGGGCAGUAUCGUGGGAAGCACGACAGGAAACCAUCGCACCAACGGCGUCUAUCACCGUCUGAAGGAGCUGGAGGCUCAGGUCAAAGCGGGCCGGCGUCGGCUCUUCGCUCAGGAAAAACAAGGCAAAGAGGACAGGCAGCACGGAGAGGAGCAGGCGAAGGAGGACGGGGGCGUUCCCGGUGACCAGUACAAAUGUAUUUACAAGGGGAAAUCGGUGUCCCUGACCAACUUCUUCAGGAUAGCCCGCAACACCAUGACCAUGUGCUUUAACAAGGAGCCGGUAGCUGCGGAGGUCGAGCAAGAGUACUGGAGGGUCGUGGAGCAGAGGGACACCCACGUGGCGGUUCACUGUGGAAAAGUGGACACCAGUACACACGGAAGCGGAUUCCCCACUGGAAAAUCAGAGCCAUUCUCUAAACACGGAUGGAACCUCGCUGUCCUCCCUAAUAACUCUGGAUCCAUACUGAGACAUCUGGGUGCUGUGCCUGGGGUGACCAUUCCCUGGCUAAACAUUGGCAUGGUCUUUUCUACCUCAUGCUGGUCUCGAGACCAAAAUCGCCUUCCAUAUAUUGAUUACUUACACACUGGUGCUGAUUGCAUUUGGUAUUCUGUCCCUGCUGAGGAGAAGGCCAAGCUGGACAAGGUGGUCCAUACACUGCUUCAAGCCAACGGCACCCCAGGACUAGAAAUGCUGGAGAGGAACAUUAUGAUUUCUCCAGAAGUGCUUUGCCGCGAAGGCAUCAAGGUCUACCGCACGGUGCAGCGGAGCGGCCAGUUCGUGGUCUGCUUCCCCGGUGCCUUCGUCUCUAAAGUGUGUUGUGGCUACAGCGUGUCGGAGACGGUGCACUUCGCUACGCCGCACUGGAUGAACCUGGGUUACCAGGCAGCUAAGGACCUGAAAUGUCGUUGUAUAGCCAAACCCUUCUCCAUGGAGAAGUUACUGUAUCAGAUCGCUACAGCUGAGUCCAAGAGAGACAACGGCCUGCUCCUCACCACCAUCUCCUCACUCCUCAAAGACCUCAGGAACAUAGAGUUGCACCAACGUCAGGAACUUUAUAAGGCAGGUUUGCUCUCCUCCGCCCGCUACGGCACACAUGAUGGCAACCUCGGGCCCGGCGAGGGGCGCAAGAAGCCCCGCGGGAAGUGGCUAGCGCUGGAGACCUUAGAGAGACGCUGCCAGAUCUGUCAGCAUCUCUGCUACCUGUCCAUGGUGGUCCAGGAGACGGAUAACGUGGUCUUCUGUCUAGAAUGUGCCCUUCGUUACGUGGAGAAGCACAAGUCCUGCCGGGGCCUGAAGAUGAUGUACCGAUAUGAUGAGGAGCAGAUCACAAGUUUGGUGAACCAGGUGUGUGGUCGGGCCUUGUUGAAGAACGGAGCUGCUGGAGGAGGAGGAGGAGUCAUUGUUGGAGGAGCUGUGACGGGAGGAGUCGACUCCUGCCUCACCCUGAACUCCUCCAAAGCCUCACCAGCCAAGCGCGGGCCUAGAAAACGCGCCACGGUGGAGGUGUCCUUGGCACGCCUGUCCUCCAUCCACAUGCCCAAGGCGGCAGCUGUGUCCUGAGGGUGGAGCCAAGGAACCGUAACCACACCUCCUCUUUUCUAUUCUUUAUUCCACAUCACCACCAUUGAAACACACACACCUCCUCACCUGGGUUUAGUCUCAAACACUCGCCUCUCCUUUAGCGACAGCUUGUUUUAGAGAAAAAGGAAAAUGAGAACAAGAUGUCUUUUUUGCACUAGUGUGAAAGAAGAGUUUGUUUUGAUUCUGUUUAUUUUUAGCCUCGUUGGAUCCGCAUCAUGAGCAUUAACGUUCGAUGACGACUCGAUGGCCCAGAUUCUACCUUUCACCCCACCCACCCACCCACCCUCACCCAUCCAUCCAGAACUGGUUACACUUACCUUUUUCUUGCAUCACUCCUUUCUCAAUCAACUGUGAACUUGGGACGAAUAAUUUUUUAAAAGUGUUCUCCCAGUUUUUCCCAAAGUUUCUCCCUGUCCUGGAUUUAAGGAAGAGUUAUUUUAUAAGUUUUGAUGCUUUUUAGUUUUAUUUUAAGAGGGGAGGUUGGUGAUGCAAGGGUAAAAACUUGAAAGACGAUGUCGGUUGGCUUCAUUUUUGUUCUAUUUUGGAUUUUAGCUUUUUUUUGUGUGUGUGUGUAUUUUAUUUUCCGAGUGUCGGUGGAUGUGAGGACCCGUGCUACGGUCGCCUCACUUCCUUUGUGCUGAGAGGGGAUCUCUUUGCUAGCAAGUGAAAAUCGGUGCCUGAUACUUAGCAGAGGUCCGUUUUAUUGGUGCUGUUGGUUAUGAUUACUGUAAAACACAAAAAGUUAAACCCUGGGGGGGCGUGGCCCCCUCAGCCUACCGGACAGAGAAGCUUUCAGGCUUUUCUGGUUCUAGAUGUGCAAUCGUGUUAACAUUCCAGUCCUCCCGUUUCAUCUGUACCAGUAAACAUUUUUUCUUACUUUCUGUUGAUCAGACGUGUUAUCGAGUAGAGCCACUAGUUACGAGUGCAAAAUGUGAAAUAUCAAUUUAAAUUUUUUCCCCCCACUUUGUGUUUAUCUCCCUUUACCAGAUAUAUGGAGUCAUUUUUAGAAAGAUGGAAGUUAAAGUCCAACACAAACAUUGAGUUUUUGUACAUAAAUCCUGUAAAUUUCUUUAAAUACUCGAGCCUUUUCGGGGUUUGGAGUGAGUGAGGAAGCAGAAGGAACGGAGAAGUUUUCCAGAGACGUGCGCUCGAUGAAGAAAAAGCCUUACAUUUCCCUUUCUUCAUCUUCUCUGUUUGAGUUUGACACUUACAGGGUUGCUCUGGUAAAUGUGUAUAAAAAUUUUAAGUGCUGCUUAUAUCACUAAGAAAGAAGAUAUGGAGUAGCCCCUCCCCCGACCCCCACCUUCACCUCUCUGCCCCGCCCCCUUUUCCAACCUAGUUUUGUUUGGUUAGCUUUACUUUUUUAAAGAAAAGGGAAAAAAAACAUGUUGAGGAAAAAAUGGGUUUUUACAUUUUCAUUACUGAAAAUUCAACAAAUAUGUAGUAGCUACUCAUGUUGCACUGAGCUUGCCAGUUGUGACUGUCAAGGAAAAAUCUUAUAAUCCAGUUUGUUGUUGGUUGUCCCGCGCAGAAGACUGAACCGUUUUAGGACAAUUUAAUGAAAUACCAAGGUGUUUUCAACAUUAAAAAAGUGGUUGUCAAGUUUUUAUGGCCUUACGACAUUUAAUUCUUAUGGGAUUUUUGUUUUCUUCCCUUUUAUUGUUGUUUAUUGCUUAGUUCUCCUGUUUGUUUUUCUCCCAUUUUUCUACAAUAUAAAACUACUUGCUCACAACGGGAUAUCUCUGGUGAAUUUAAUUUAUUAAAGCCGUGCUCCGGCCUUUCCUUUCAUUCGGAAAGAGUUUCAUGUUCGUUAUAUUUGCAGUUUUUUACGUUUGCAGUUUGUACUUGAGGUUUAAUAAAAACUUAAGACAA